AUGAAAUAAAUUAUUUUGGCAAUUCUACUUUUCGGAUUGUGUGUUCAUGCAUAGACAGAGAGACAUACCUUACAGGGAGCAUUGAGUUUACUUGAGAAGGCAUAAACCGAUAUGUCUGUAUAUGAUUAACAAGAGCCAAGAUUAUAUACUUGGUUUUGUUCAUUGAGAGAUGGUGUUGCAAGACUAUUCCAACCAAUUACAGAGAAUAAACUGGCCAGUCAGUAUGCUCUAUUUGGAUCAGUGCCAGGAGUCAUCUUCAUGGCUGGAAUAAUGCCCAUGACACUAUUAGUCGUUUUUAGUUACGGCAUGUUCAAAUUCAUUACCUAUGAACCAAAGAAGAUGGAGUUCAAAUAUGCUAAAUUGCCAGUCAAGGAAAUAGAGAAGUCUUAGAACAAACAACAUUAAUAUCCAGCUUUUUGCGUAUUUGGCUUUAUAUGA